AUGACCACAGGCAAACGGGACCGCCAUCAGUCUUCUUCCACCGCACCCACUACGGAGUCCGCUGUUAUCAAUAAAAACGAAUCGGUUUGUGGUAGUGUUUCAGUCGGAAAACAAACUAACCAGAAUCAAACCCCUUCAACCCCGAUCAACGUACUAGACACUGCUCCCGUUCCAAAUUUCCCAUUCAAACACACAUGCACUAUCCGGGAAUCCCACGGUCGUUCGGUUUUCGGUGUGUCUUUCAAUUCUAAUAAUCGUGGCCGUCCAAACGAUCCCUUAUUGUUCGCCACCGUUGCUGCUCACUAUGUGACCAUUUAUCAGUGCAAUUUGAAACAGGCCCCCGACGAGACCUCGAACCAAAACCACGGAUCGAACGCCUCAGAAACAUUGCCGGUGGUACUGUUGCAGUCGUUUACUGACCCGGCUGGCGAUGAAGAGGAGUUCUACUGUUGCGCUUGGUCUCGAGACACUAGCGGAAAUGUGGCCUCCAGUUGGUGGACCGAUUGUGCUGAAACGCGACAACCACGCUCUGCCCCACAUCCGCAUCAGGGUCCGAGCGCUUAUUCAUCAGCUUCAUUACUACCUCCGCACCAGCAACUAGUGGCCGCGGCCGGCAAGCGUGGUGUAAUUCGAAUUCUCUGUCCUAGCCUGGCAAGUUGUCCUACUAGCUUGGUUGGUCACGGAUCGUCGAUCAAUGAAUUGCGUUUUCACCCUCGAGAUCCGGCCCUAUUGUUUUCAUUUAGUAAAGGUGUGUUUGAUUCUAGUGCGGGGCAUUGA